UAAUCUGUAUCUUCGCUUUAUCCGAUGCGGUCCCUAAUCCGAUGCCUGAACCUGAGCCAUGGGGAAAUGGUGGCAGUGGUGCUGGUAGCUCCGGUAUCUACAUAAUCUCAAACGGUGGCAGCACCUUCAUGUGUAAUUGUCCUGGUCAAACUGGUUUUAUUCUUCAAUGUUGUUCAUGCUUCUUCAAUUGUUAA